AUGGCGGUCAAGAACAAUGCCGCUGCGGACACUUACCUGGCAUGGGACGAUGACAUGAUGGCCGGCACGUCCGACAGGGAGUACUGGUGGAACCUGUUCACCACACAAGGCAAAAUGGCAUUCCGGGUCCCCAACAAGCCCGGGUCCACUGAGGGUUUCUAUACCCUGCACAUGGAAGCUGAUCUUUCGAUCAUCCUCAAGUACCAGGUGGGGGACCCCACUGAUGCGCAGCUGUGGACGGUUUUAGACGAAUGA